UCUUUGUUUACACCUACAUGCCGGUCAAGUCCAGACAGAGGAGCAGCAGCAGCCUAGCAGAUUUCACUCUGUUCUUCUCGGAGCAAAAACCAUGUAUGUUUCUGUGCUCAGCUUUCUCCUGCUGCUUGGAGCUUCCCAUGCCUCUGACACCGCGGCUCCUGCCCAGCUCGGGCCGCCGUCGCUCGGGUUCAGCUCCUCGGUCCGCUCGGUGUGUAAACCCAUCCCCAGUACCCUGUCUCUGUGCCACGGGAUCGGCUACAGUCAGAUGCGGCUCCCCAACUUGCUCGGCCACGACACACUGAGGGAGGUCCAGCAGCAGUCGGCGGCCUGGCUGCCCCUCAUCUCCAAGCUGUGCCACCGGGACACCAAGAAGUUCCUGUGCUCGCUGUUCGCCCCGGUGUGUCUGCCGGAGCUCAGCGGGCCUCUCAGCCCCUGCAGGAGCCUUUGCGAGGCCGUGCGGGACGGAUGCGUGCCGGUGAUGAGCGCUUUUGGCUUCCCCUGGCCGGAGAUGUUCAACUGCACCCGGUUCCCGCGCCAGACCGAGCUCUGUAUCCCCACAACCGGAGAGCAGGAGGGGCGCACGGCGGAGGAGGUCAGGCACGAGGAGGCUCUGAAAGGGAGUGUUAUCUGUGAUGCCUGCAGUCUUGCUGCUGAAGGGGAAGCUGACAUCCAGGAGAGUUUCUGCCACAGUCCAUAUGCAUUUAAGAUGCGUCUGGGCAGUGUGUCGAUGGUGGGAGGGGACCGUCAGCUGGUGCCUACAGCCCGCAGCCGCAUCCUGAGGUGGGCAGGGGGAGGUGCAGAGAGGGCAGAAGGGAUUGGAGGCGCAAUGGCCCACAGUGCUUUGUGGCUGCAAGAAGGAGGCACCUGUACUUGUCCUGGCUUAGACUCGGCAGAGACAAACGAAGACAGGGGGGUAGAGGAGGAACAGACGGAUAAGAGACAGUCAAAGGAAGGAGGAAAAGAGGGGAGAGGGGCUCAGAGUGGAUGGUUCCUGGCUUUGGCUAAGGCUGAAGAGGGACGACUGGUGCUGACUCGACUGGUGAGGUGGACUAGAAGUGACAAAGAGCUGAAGAAGUUCAUCAGAGCACUCCUGAGGCAGUCCUGUCCAGAGCUUUAGACAGGGAGUUAUCAACCAUUGCAGUCCUGCACCAUAAACACUGCUUUGUGGUUGUAUGCAGUCUGUAACUGUGUGCUACUAAUUGCAUCAUCAUCAAAGAGAUAGGUUGGAUUUUUUAAAGUGGGAUUGUAUGAGAUACCUAGUCAGUGUAUUAGUCAAAGUACAGUCAUGGAAA